AUGGGAGAGGAAAAAAAUUCUUCGCAAGCUGAGGUAAAAGCAUACGACUCAGAUACUGAAUUAAAUGUAAACAGUAGUGAUGAAAGAGGGGGAAUUUCAUUGUACCUCUGCUUGACUUCACUGACCCUCGUACUUUUCAUAACUGCGCUGGAUAUUUUAAUUGUGGGAACUAUUAUUGACGUAGUAGCAGAGCAGUUUGGAAAUUACUCUAAGACUGGGUGGCUUGUUACUGGAUAUAGUUUACCUAAUGCCAUUUUAAGUCUAGUUUGGGGAAGAUUUGCCUCAAUAAUCGGCUUCCAGCAUAGUCUUAUUUUAGCGGUGCUUAUUUUUGAAGCUGGCUCCUUGGUUGCAGCUCUUGCAAAUUCGAUGAAUAUGCUAAUUGUAGGAAGAGUUGUUGCUGGUGUUGGUGGAAGUGGACUUCAAACGCUGUGUUUUGUUAUUGGUUGCACAAUGGUCAAUGAGAGGUCUAGACCACUCGUGAUAUCCAUUUUAAGUUGUGCAUUUGCUGUAGCAGCGAUUGUAGGUCCAAUAAUUGGUGGUGCCUUCACAACACAUGUUACCUGGAGAUGGUGCUUUUACAUUAAUCUUCCCAUUGGUGGCUUUGCCGUAAUCAUGUUUUUACUAACCUACAAGACUAAGAGUGAGAACAUACUUCAACAAACCAGAAAUAUACUUGGAAGAAUUUCAAAGUUCGAAUUACGCAGGUUAACAGAGCCAGGUAAUUUGAGAAAAGCGCUCAUUGGUAUUCUCUUCAAAUUUGACUUCCUAGGAUUUGCUCUUAGCUCUGCCGGGCUGGUUCUCUUCUUACUUGGAUUGACAUUUGGUGGUAACAAAUAUAGUUGGAACUCUGGCCAAAUUAUAACAUAUUUGGUGUUGGGUAUCUUGCUUUUUGUUUUUUCAUUGAUAUAUGAUUUCUUCAUAUUCCAAAAGUUUAAUCCUGAGCCUGAUAAUACAUCUUAUAGACCGCUAUUUUUGAAAAGAUUAGUAGCAAAACCGGCUGUAAUAAUAGUAAACAUGGUAACAUUUCUAUUGUGCAUUGGUUAUAAUGGACAAAUGAUAUAUUCUGUCCAAUUUUUCCAGCUUAUAUUUGCAUCGAGUGCAUGGAAAGCAGGCCUGCACUUAAUACCAAUUGUUAUUACCAACGUUAUUGCCGCAAUUGCGAGUGGUGUAAUUACAAAAAAGCUUGGUUUGGUCAAACCACUUUUAAUAUUCGGAGGCAUUCUUGGUGUAAUUGGGGCAGGGCUUAUGACGCUGAUGAGUAACAACUCAACGAGUUCAACUCAAAUUGGUGUUUUGAUAUUACCGGGGUUAUCUCUAGGAUUUGCUCUGCAAGCGUCGCUUAUGAGUGCACAACUCCAAAUUAAGAAAGACCGUCCAGAAGCCACUACGGACUUUAUUGAGAUAACAGCCUUCAAUACAUUUAUGAAAUCAUUAGGUACAACCCUUGGUGGUGUUCUUUCAACCACUGUUUUCUCCGCUUCCCUUCGUAACAAAGUAAAACAUGCUCAACUAGAGAUGUACGUAGGAAAAACCGUAGAUGACAUGAUUUUGUAUCGACUACAAAAUUUUGAUGGUCCUCAUUCAUCAAUUGGAAAUAUUCUAAGUGACUCUAUUAAAAAUGUAUUUUGGAUGGAUAUGGGAUUCUAUGCUUUAGGAUUUAUAUUUUGUAUUUUCUCGUCCAAUGGGAGAUUGGUCAUACCAAAAAAAGAUAUACCAUCAGAAGAAAGUGUGGAGAGCAACUAG